AAGCGCUUUCGCUUCUGCGGCUACCGUGACUAAGAUGGAACCGAUUUUGGAGCCGCGGUUCGGACACUGGGCUGGGGGUCCCGCCCCAGGGCAGUUUUACCGUAUUCCGCCCACGCCCGGCCCCUUCGCCGACCCGGCGUCUGCGCUCUACGGGGGCCCGAUCACGCACACGCAGAACCCCAUGGUGACCGGGACCUCGGUCAUUGGUAUUAAGUUUGAGGGCGGAGUGGUGAUAGCAGCAGACAUGCUGGGCUCGUACGGCUCGUUGGCUCGUUUCCGCAACAUCUCCCGCAUCAUGCGAGUCAACAACAGCACCAUGCUAGGUGCUUCCGGAGACUACGCUGAUUUCCAGUAUUUGAAGCAAGUUCUCGGCCAGAUGGUGAUUGAUGAGGAGCUUUUGGGAGAUGGACACAGCUAUAGUCCUAAAGCCAUUCAUUCGUGGCUGACUAGAGCCAUGUACAGCCGGCGCUCCAAGAUGAACCCCCUGUGGAACACCAUGGUCAUCGGAGGCUAUGCUGAUGGAGAGAGCUUCCUCGGUUAUGUGGACAUGCUUGGUGUAGCCUAUGAAGCUCCUUCCUUGGCCACUGGUUUUGGUGCAUACUUGGCUCAGCCCCUGCUGAGAGAAGUUCUGGAGAAGCAGCCAGUGCUGAGCCAGACUGAGGCCCGGGAGCUAGUGGAACGUUGCAUGCGGGUGCUGUACUACAGAGAUGCCCGUUCUUAUAACCGGUUUCAAAUUGCCACUGUAACCGAAAAAGGUGUUGAAAUAGAGGGACCGCUGUCUGCAGAGACCAACUGGAAUAUUGCCCACAUGAUCAGUGGCUUUGAGUGAAAUACAGAUGCAUUCUCCAGAACUGAAGUUUUACCCUUCUGCUACUUUUGAAUGUUGAUGGUUCAGAGGUAGACUUAACUUUUGUAAAAUAAACUCUUUGAAAUACUU